AAUCGCGUCGCAAAACGAAACCGCCGUCCUCUAUCAUGUUCGACGUGUCGAGAACGCAAACUCAAGUGUGACCGUCAACAACCAUGCAGUUCUUGUGUCAAACGAGCUGAAUCUGCCACAUGCGCAUACACCUCCGCCACCACUCACAAGGAGUCGAAGCCUCGCUCCCUCAAUAAUGAUGCUGCUAACCGCUUACAACAUCUUGAGAAUAUGGUAAACGGCCUGAUGCAUGCUGCACCCAUGAGCACAUUUAUUGCCACACCUCCGAGUUCCACCGUCUCCCCUCGGAUUGAUAUUCCUGCAUCUCAUGAAGUGUCUGCUGGCGGCCAUCUGAACCAACAAGGAAAUCAAGUCAACUACAUUGGUGGAACUCAUUGGGCCUCCAUUCUAGAGAGUAUCCAUGAAAUUCGCUCUGUUAUGGACUCUGAAAUGCAAUCUGAGCCAGCGCAAUCAACAGAAUCAACACAACAAGCAGACCCCUUGUUUGGCCAGAAAGAGCUGCUGACUAUCGAUCAAGUCCUCGCUGCACUUCCAGAACGCCACAGAGUUGACAACCUUGUCGCGUCUUAUUUCAAAGAGUCCAUGUUAUCUUUGACUUUUAUCCACAGUGGAAAAUUCCGAAAAGAAUACGACGCCUUUUGGAGAGAUCCCUCUUCAGCAAGUUUUUGUUGGCUGAGUAUUCUCUUCUCCAUCAUGUUCAUGGCAGGAAAACUUGCCAGGGCAAGAGGUGACCCUACGCCUCCUGUCGAGCCAUGUAACACCAGAAUGACUGGGUCUUUGCGAACGGCUGCAAAAUGUCUCGUCACCGGUCAAUACCUCAAACCUCAACCGUACGCUGUCGAAGCACUAUUGGUCCAUUUCCAUUGUAUUUAUGCUCUCCAUGCGGAUCCCGAAAUCCAACCAUGGCCAAUCCUCACCAUGGCAACAAGACUUGCACAGAAGAUGGGUUAUCACCGCGAUCCCAAACAUCUGUCAUCAAGGCUCUCUCCCUUCGAAAGCGAAAUGCGACGUCGAGCGUGGUACUAUAUUGAGAUAUUUGAUGUUACCAUGUCAGCCAACCAGGGUAUCCCUGCCAUGAUCAACGAAGAUGAAUGCGAUUGUCAAUUCCCUGUUAACCUGCUGGACGAGGAUUUCGACGAGCAUACUACAAUCUUACCACCCNCUCGAUCCGAUACAACCUACAUUCCCAUGCUCUUCUUCACAUCGAAGGCGAAAGCCUUGCGUAUUUUGCGCCCUAUCAUCCGACAUGCCUUGUCCAGCCGAAGGUAUGACGUGGAAGAGACCAACCAUCUUCACGAGAGUCUUGAAAGAAGCCAUCAAAACAUUCCGCCAUCCUUGCGUAUUCGUACUAUUGCAGAGACCAGUUUUGUCGAUCAAGACUAUCUAAUCAUGCAACGUUUCAUGCUUGAGCUACAGUAUCUCAAGGGACUGUGCAUCCUCCAUAGACCUNUUUUGACCUGCAGGAAAGACGAUCCUGCCUUCGAAAGAUCAAGAGAGAUCUGUGUGAAUUCUGCACUGAGACAGAUUGAUCUACAGAAUGAUUACUUCGAAGCUCUGCAACCACAAGGGAGACUGUACCAGAGCAGAUGGAUGUUCACCAAUAUCACCCUUCACGAGCAGUUUGCAGCAGCCAUGAUUAUUUGUCUGGAUCUGAACGAGUCCACGACUCAAAGGAAACGUAAGUUCGAGGCACUUCAAAAAGCCCAGCACUUCUGGUCUACGAAAAAGCCUACCUACCGAGAUGCUGUCCGUGCAAGUCAUGUCCUGGGUGUCAUGUUAGCAAAAUUGACCCGUGACUUACUUGCUGUUGGCGUUGAGGGUUCUUAUCGUUCUACCACGGCAGACAAUGCUCUCAUUCCUCAACAACAAAUUACACCGCCUCAAGAUGCUUCUUACGAUAUGACUGAAAUAACAUCCUUGGAGAAUCUAUUUGACAAUCCUGACAUGUUGAACUGG